AGUCGUCUGCAGGAUCCAUGAUGGUCUGGAUUAGGGCUAUGGGAAAUAACCAAAGUCUAAACAAUGAAACAGUAUGCUUAAAAGAUACAGGUUAUGGAUGAAGUGUUAAUUAGAUUACACCCGUGCAAUGACCACAGAAGCCCGGCCGACGUGGCUAAAGACUGAGAGGGAGGUUUAACUACGAUGACAGCGGGCAUAUAUGCAAAGGGAAAUACUAUUGCCGAAAAAGACACCCAUAGCCAUCAACCACCCUCGAGGAGGGGGUAUAUGCCUGCCCCCUCAUCCUCAUGGCGAACUAAAGACUCAAAGAGGGGGGGAUGGAAUGUCCGGGUAUUGCCUCAGGGUUCGGCACGGUUCCAUGGGUCUGUUCAAGAUGACAGUGGUAUCCCCAGGUUACCCCAGACUUGCCUGGACCCGGAAAUCUGCGUCUCUUCAUUGGCUGAUCUGCACAUCUCGGGGGAUGCCCUCAAACACCGUCAAUCCCGCUAUUAUGAGGACAAGUACCGGGGAACUAUUUGCACAAUAGCCGGGGCAUGGGGCUCCUGUCAAAGCCUGGUGGGUCCAUCUGAUCCUUGCGAAUUGAUUCCAUCGCAAUUCGACCGGCAAACGCGCGAGGAUUAUUACUCUGUCGGUGGUGGCGGGGCACAAAAGGGAAAUUCUCUCCGCCCUGGCUGGAUGACCCUGAAUGGCAGUUUUAUCCGGCAUCAUGCUGGAAUGACAUGGCAGCUGUUACACCAGCCAGGGACUCACGAUGUCGUGGGCAUGGUGGAAUGCUGGGGGAGUCGGUUUCUGCGGUUCAUGAGGAUGGGUUAGUUCAUCCAUCCAUCCAUCCAUCCAUUCCCUUCUCCUCCUGGUUUACCUGGGGUUAUAAGUAGCUGCUCUCCGGACCAGAGAGCUUGCUGGUAGCAACCAGGAACCUUUGAUACUUGAACCUUGUUCAUCAUUGACAUUCAAUCACUUGAUCUACUGUGUUUCUCUUGUCCGGCUCUAUCGUGAAGCCCCCAAAGAGCAACCAUGUG